AUGCCAACCGUUUCCGGCCUUCCGAAAGGAGUGAUUGGCUUUGUCGUACAAGCUGUUUCAUGUGCCAGAUCACGGGUGGAUGGACGUGACAUUAGCGAUCCAAGGAGCAAGGCUUCGGCGGAAGGAGGCGUUGUUAUCGAUGAUGGAUGUGGUGGCGCCUGUGGCGGCGUUGGUGGCCUCUGCUUUGAGGCCGAUCCUGAGCUUGUCAAGACGGACGAGCGCUGGGUUUAUGUUGGGCAAGGUCGAGGAACAUACUCGCAGGCGGCCAGCAUGGACUACGUCGGCCACGGGCCACCCAGCAAAGAGUUCAUCUUCAGGGGUUUUAAAAGAGGAGAAGGUGACCGUGAGCUCCGGUUUCGAGCAAUCUGCGUGUUCUUCAUUUGUUUCCUGCUCUUCGUGAUUGUGGGGCUUCUGAUCUACUUCUUUAUGCCCCACUUCUUCCACAGCCCGGUUGGAGCUGAUGCCAUGGCGCCGAGCUCGGAUUCUGCUUACAGUAAGUUCUCUGUGCUAAAGGACCCGACCCACUUCCAGCAGCCUUUGGGCAUGGUUCCGCAGCGUGAUCACGAGACAUGUGAAGAUAAGUGGCAAGCUACUCCUAGGCUUUCACUGGCAUUCCAGGGAGCAUGCGACUUUGUGUUCGAGGAACUGAUAUUCCAGGAAAAUGACCCCUGCCAGACAAGCCCGACGAUGGAUGAAAUGACCGUGAUUCAGAGGGAGGCCUGCUGUGCAAACGGCUACGGAGCCUUCUGUGCCACAACGCCGAAAGCGCCGGUUAUCAUCCACGACAAGUUCUACACCAACGUGAGGACAGAGCGGGUGGCACAUUCAGUUCCUGUUCCGAUACCUGGUCCACCUGCUAAGGUCAUCACGAGGAAAGUGUACGUCAAACACCACCCCUACGAUUGCACGGAAGGCUACGGCAACUGGAAGACACAGUGGUCCCACGAGCAUCAGCGAUACUGCUGCUACAAGUCGGGGGAGGCUUGCGUGACGAAGGCGGGCGUCAGGAACCACUACAAGACUAUCACGCACGUUCACCACGUGACCGUGCCAGAGAAAGUCGUCGUGCCGGCUCCGCCACCUCGCGAAAUCAAUCACAUCGUCAAGGUUCCCGUCCACGAUCCCAGCCCCGUAAUCAAGAUUAAGACUGCUGGGCCACCUCGCGUCGUGAAGCACUACGUCACGAAGAAGCACUAUGUGCCCGAGCCCGUGCCGUCGCCGCCGACGUACCACUACAAGCCUGUUCCCGUUACUGUGCAC